CAAAACGCACCUCAUCAGGAUUUACACAGGCAUCAACCCUCCAUACAUUGGACGGUUUGGUCGGCUGUGACAGACCAAGCUAGUAAAUUGGACAAGUCCAUAUUGGCAAAAAGCAAGGACAAAGACUUUGGCUGCGGAAACAUCGUGUUAUCUAAAUAAAAAGAACAAGAACAAAAAAAAGACACAUCCUCUACCACUGGCAGAGGGAAUUCAGAAGCCACACACAUAUAGAUUUCACAAUCUCCAUCAUUGCCAGUGUCAAUCAUGAGCUCCCCCAUCACCGUGGACCCGGCGCUCAUUGCCAAAGUGACCGACUACAUCAAGGCCUACAUGGCCAACUAUGACCCUUCGCACGACUACAGCCAUAUCAAGCGCGUGGUGCAUCUUGCACAGACGAUUCAGGCCAAAGUGCCGAACACGAACCGCGACAUCGUCACCCUUGCGGCCCUGAUGCACGACGUAGGCGACAGGAAGUACCUCAAGCCUGGAGAAGACGCCUCGCGCAUGAUCUUUACGGCCCUCACGUCUCUCGGCGCGGAGGAGGAUUUGGCGGAGAAGAUUCAGACGAUUUGUCUCGGCGUGAGCUACUCGAGCGAGAUCAAGGACCUGGCACGCGUGCAGAAUCUUAUUAAGCAACACCCGGAACUUGCUGUUGUACAGGAUGCUGAUCGGCUGGAUGCCAUUGGAGCGGUGGGCAUUGGACGAGCAUUUACGUUUGGUGGAGCCAAGGGCAGGGGCUUGGGGGAUUCGAUCGGACACUUUGAGGAGAAGCUGCUCAAGCUGGAGACGAUGAUGAAGACGGAUGUGGGGAGGGAGAUGGCGCGAGAGAGGACGGAGAGGAUGAGGCUGAUGCAGGAGUGGUGGCGACAGGAGACGGAAGGAGUUGAGGAAGAGGGACUGGGAACAUGGACAUUGUGAGUGAAAUAGAUGGGGGGAUAUAACAAUUGUUGCUGUAUAGAGUUUACGUUAGAUUAUAUGUCAAUGAUGAUGAAUUCGAAUCUCUUGAUGAC